CUGAUCUUACUUUUAAUCUAUAGUUUAUAAAGGUAUUCAAACCGGUUCUUGGCCAGCCAAAAGUUAGAAAGCUGUCAAUUAUUCUUUUUACUUACCGUGCCUUCCAAGCUGUGACAGAGCAUUGAACAAUGAGUUAGUUGCCCUAAUAUUUAAACAUGAGAGCAUAGAGAGAGAGAUAUGCAGAGAAGAUGACUCAGAGCAGUGCCAUAAUGAGGCCUGUGGUGAGCAAGAAGUUCUGUUCAACUUCACACAAAGUAUUUACUGUGAGGAAGAGGCCCUGCACCAUCAAUGGAGGUGGUUUUGUUGUGAUGGACUCCCAUCAGGGAAAUGAAGUAUUCAGGGUGGAUGGCUGUGGUCCAGCAGUGAAAGACCAUGCUCUGCUUAAAGACUCCAAAGGGAAUCAUAUCCUCUCCCUCAAACGCAAGGUUGGGAUAUUACAGGUUUUCAGCCUUGGGGAACAAUGGAAAGGAUUCGUACCCGACGAGAUGGAGGGGCUGAUGAAGCCCCUUUUUAAGGCGAGCAGUAGCAGCCCCAUUAAUUGCUUUGCCAAUAACUCUGUGAAGGUGUCACUUAUUGAAUCCAAUAACUCUGGGAAAGGCUGGGAAUUUGAAAUUCUGGGUAGUUUUUCAGAACGAGCCUGCACCAUUUAUGAUAAAUCUCAGGCCAUUGUUGCAGAGGUGAGUAUGAACAAAACAAGGAAAGAUUCAAUCCAGAGCAAGGACGUAUAUAGUGUUGAAGUGCAGGCGGGGUUCGAUCAGGCGUUCGUGUUUGGGCUCAUCGCUGUUCUUCGAAAUCUAAGCGGGGAAGAUGGGAAUUGAUGGAUUUGAGUUUUUCAGCGAUGGCCUGAACAUAAUUGUUUAGUUGGGAAUCUGCUAUUUGUUUUUGUGCAUUAAUAAUGCAAAAUUGGCCAUUGGACUCAUUGGUUUAAUGGGAAUAAAACUUUCACAUUGUUGAGGAAGAUAAUAAAAGAAAUGUUGUAAUGUCUU